GAGACAGUAUUACUAGAAGGCUGCUGUGGAAGUGGGACAGUCCGAGACUGAGACUUUCCCUGGAACUGUGGAGAUCAUGCAGCUUUUCUACGUGGACCGAAGACCUCCUGCCUGAGCUGCAGUGAAGAAAAGGAUGCAGGAUGAAUUUAACAGCCUUCAGACUCUGAGAGAACAGAUAGAAAACUGGAGGAAACUGGAGAAAAUCACUGGAAUUUGGGAAUUUAGAUGGGAAAGAUGGGAAAGAUGUUCCUCCACCAGCUUCUCAGAUUGGAUUCUGUGCUCCUGUACAACAAUGAUGGGAUGAAAUAGAAACACAAAAUCCUCCAGAACCACAAACGAGGCCAAGGUCUCUCACCUGUGUCCAGGUGAGGCAGGCUCAGGAGCUUGGCUUCUUAUUCUUCUUCUUCUUCUUGUCCGUCAAUUCCUGUGCUGUGCUGCCCCCUGCUGGAGCCACACUGCAGCAAUGAUAAACCCAGACAUUUACAUACACUACAACUACACGGGAAAGCUGAACAACCGCAACGAGACCUCCAGAGGCACCUUAGACCCUGAGAAGGUGGCGUUUCUGGUUAUUUGUUGCUUCAUCCUCCUGGAGAACCUGAUAGUGCUCAUAGCGAUAUGGAAAAACCACAAAUUUCACAAUCGCAUGUACUUUUUCAUCGGGAACCUAGCGCUGUGCGACCUGCUGGCCGGAGUCGCCUACACGGUGAACCUGCUGAUGUCGGGGGAGAGGACUCUGCACCUGUCCUCAGAUGAGUGGUUCAUCCGGGAGGGGAGCAUGUUUGUGGCUCUGGGAGCUUCCAUCUUCAGUCUACUGGCUAUAGCCAUCGAGAGGCAUCUCACCAUGAUUAAGAUGAGGCCGUACGACGCCAAUAAGAACUACAGGGUGUUCCUGCUCAUAGGGACGUGCUGGUUGAUAGCUGUGGCUCUGGGAGCUCUGCCUAUUCUGGGCUGGAACUGCCUGGAGAACCUGCCGGACUGCUCCACCAUCCUCCCCCUCUAUACCAAGAAAUACGUGGCCUUCUGCAUCAGCAUCUUCAUGGCUUUGCUGCUGGCCAUCUCCGUGCUGUACGCCCGCAUUUACAUCCUGGUGAAGUCCAGCGGCCGCAAGGUGACCAAGCACAGCAACUCGGAGCACUCCAUGGCUCUGCUGCGCACCGUCAGCAUAGUCGUCGGCGUCUUCAUCGCCUGCUGGACGCCCAUCUUCGUCCUCCUCCUCAUCGACGUGGCCUGUGGACCCAGCCGCUGCAGACACGUCCUGCUGAAGGCCGACUGGUUCAUCGCGCUGGCCGUGCUGAACUCCGGUAUGAACCCUGUGAUCUACACUCUGGCCAGCAGGGAGAUGCGCCGGGCGUUUUUGGGGCUGGUUUGUGGAUGUUUGGUUAAACAGGGCCCUGGAGGUCCGAAGCUGAACGGAGACGGCAGCAGGAGUAAACUAAGCUCCAGCCAGAGCCAGAAACCGGCAGAGGAACAGGAGCAAAGCCCUCAAAUCAUCGUCUCGCACUCGUCACAGCGAAAUCCAGAGAGCAGCACUGGAGGAGAGUGUUGAGUCGCCAUUGGAAAACCAUUGGCGCCAUUGGGGAGUUUUCCCUUGAAAACUUAAAACUGUUGAGGUGGCUAUUAAGGUGAAAGUAAAGGGUUCCUUCACAGAUUUCUCAAAUUGUAGAACUGAAGUAAUUGAUAUUUACAGUAAAAGUGUUCAUCACUGAUGAAAUUUUUUUUUUUUGGUUUUACCUUUGUUUACAUUGAGAACCAAAUCCCAUCUACUAAAAGCUAAGAUGUAAGAACUUUUUUUUUCGUCGCAUCUCGUAUACUGCACAUUUGAUAUAAAAUGAACAUUACUGUAUCAAUACUGUAGAAAUAUUGGGUAUUGAGUAUUAAUAACAACAAAACGAUGUUUAAAAAAGAAAACACUACAUAGGACUGACUUUCUCGUAGAAGAGGACUCUUGGAUUACCCAGCAGGCACUGGAUAUCAGUUUGAUAUCAGAAAUACAUUGGACUCUAACGCUGGAUGCUGAACUUCAUGUGCAAAUCAAAACACGUCUACUUUAAAAACAUAAAAGAAACGAUCAGUGUUGGACAGAUUGAAGUUGUAGUUUGGUGGAAAAUUUAAAGAACAUCCUUCAAAUUCAAAAUUUGGUGAUUUUCUAUUGACUUAAAACCUACAUCAUAUAAACGUCCAGCGAUGUUACAUGUUGGAACAUGUUGGACACUCCAUCUCAUUACCCCAGGGGACAAUUCCAUAUCUACACUGAGCGUGGGCGUGGUGGUGGUUCAGGUAAAAACAGGUGUGUUUGUAUCUUGGUGGAGGAAAACACAAGUGCACCACUGACUGAUUAAAACCCUGACGAUUGUCACCUGUUCUACCCGAUCUUUGUACAUUCCCACUAUUCACACACACACACAGACAUUGCUGCAGCCCUAAAAUCUAGCCUAUACAUCAACAAUAAACAAAAUACAAAUUAAAAUACCAUUGUCACCUAAAACAUUACACUCAAUUGAUAAAAAACACAAUGGCGUGAAUCCCAGUAAAAGGUUUCUACAGCCAGUCCAGACAGAAACAUUCAGAAUUUUAUGUUUAAAACUAAAUGGCAAGGGUCAUUUUUAAAUGUUAAAAUAAAAGAAAAACGUAGAGUUCAGUUGCAUUUAGUAGAUAUUCAGCUAAAUGUUAGGUGAGGAUUUAUUAAGACCAAGAAUAGAAGUGUACAUUUCUAGUAAAACAAUGAUAUAGAAGGUCUCUCAACAAUUUGUUGGAUUUUGUUACCUGAAACUUCUAAGCUGGAGUUUCCCCUCAAGGCUGUUCUUCACUCUGGAAAUCUGCUGCUGCUUUAGGAUGUGUUUUAACUUUCCUGCUCGUAAGCAGCUCUUGCCACAGAGAGCUGGCACAGAGCUCCAGAGGGUGGAGGGGAAGAGGGUGAAGCUGGUGAACCGGCCUCCAUUUCCCGGCUCCUUCUCUCCAUUCGGUCUCCAUUUUAGUAAAUGAUACAGUAGCCUAAACCGACUGGAUGUUCUUCACAAAGCCAGAACCAUGGCAGCAUGAAGCUACAGUCCAAACAGAGCCCUGACUAAAUAUAACUUCUAGAACUUCUCCAAAAAAGUGAGUUACACUGAGCGAGAGAGUGGAAUUACAUUACUCACACAGUUAUAGACUUAUUUUGGAUUAGUUUACCAAAUCUGACUCCAAUGCACACUUCCCUUUAAGAUUUCUAAUGAACAAUUCGAUGACACGUUAUUUGGAGGGUCCUUUAUUGAAGCUUUGUAGAUGCUCAAAUAGUAUCCAACUAAAUGACCAUUAAAUGCAACUGAAUUCUUAGUUUAAGUAAGAAAUAUAGAGAAAUAUAGAGUAUUAGAUUAAUCUAAAGCCCUAACCGGACAGGAUUAGUUUCUCAGGGGGUUCUGGGGUAAUUGUCUCAGAGGACGUCUGAGAAAUAAAAGAGAAAAUUACCCCAGAACCCCCUGAGAAACUAAUCAUGUCCGGUUAGGGCUUUACAGGCUGAAUUAUCUACUGUUUUUCUCUGAACUCCGUGCUCCUCCGGUAAUUUUAGUCCCGUCCGGACGCACAUCUCUGAGUUUCGUCUCCUCACCUUUAAAAAAAUAAAAGAUAUUUGUCCACUGCUGCGCACUGUAAUCACAAUCUGGGUGCACCACGGUUUCCAUGGAGAUCCACGUUAAAAAAAACACAACAGCGAGUGGAAAUGGAGGAGCUACUGAACUGAUGUCAUGUGACUGAGAAAAAAGCCUAAAAACUCACUGGUCCUCCUGUUUUUACAAUUGCAGUCCGGAUGCAGGAGUUUUAUCACUAAAGAGUAGAAGUGUAAGAUAAUUUACACAGAGAAUCACCUUAUAUGUAGACGUUACAUUUUAGCCUCUCUGUUUCAUGAUAAUUUUAUAGAUUUUUUAAACGUUGAUUCCUUUGGCCUCAUAUAGAGAUAUGGAAAAACUACCCAUACAUUCUAGUGGUCACAUGACAAGAUUACAUUCAAUUGAUAGAAAACAAGAGUGCGGGAAUCCCAGUAGAAAGUUUCUACAGCCAGUCCAGGCAGAAAUAUGGGCCAGGUAAAAAUUCUCACCACAAAUAGCAAGAACAAGAUAUAUUAAAAGAUAUUCAGCUAAAUAUUAGGUGAGCAUAUAUAAGGACCAUCCAAGGAUUUUUAAGUGAAUUGAACAAUGUAUUUGCAGCCACUUAAAGCGUACUGUAUGUACUGAUAAUGUACUGUAAGUGUUCCCUCAGUAUUCAGUGCUGCUGUUGUUAUUAUUAUAACCAUGUAAGCAUGAUCUACAUUACAGUGUUGUAUGUAUGCUUGCAUGAAAAUGACUUUUUAAAAAGCCAAAUAGUUUUAAAAAGCCUUAUUCAACUUCUGCAUCUGUCUGGUUUAUGUUCUGAUCUGUUAUGUCUGAUCAAGUUCUUUAGAACUGUAAAAAAAAGCGGAAAAAAGUUUCCUAAUAUGGAUUUUUAGGCUAUUUUACCCUGUUAGAAGAACCCUGUUAAUUCAGGUACAUCUAACAGAUAAUCUGACCUGUAAAGAUCUGAUCUCAGAUCAGGUUCUACAAUAAAACUGUCCACUGCGUUGAGUAAAGAUCUGGCUCCCUCUGCUGGACAGAAUCACACAGUUCAGGGGAUUUUUAAAUUGAAUUUAGAAUUCACUUCAAUUUCGAAUCAUUUUCACUAGUUAGGCCUUCAAAACUCAACAUUUUGUAGAUUCUAUAAUUUCCAAAAGCCGGAUACAGAGUGCUAUUGGAGUAUUUUUAAGAAACUACUAGUUUCUAAACUUAAUUUCUGCAUACAAUAUUACCUAAUUACAAUUACUUAAUUUAUACAAUAUUACUCAAAUAAUUUAUGAUACAUUAUAUUUUAUAAUUCCUAAAAUUGUAAUAUUUUAGUUAAAACACACAUAUUACACUGUCUCAACACAAGAAUGGCAUUUAAUACAUUCUUUAUACUAGUAAACAAAAAUAAUGUAUUACAUGCUGUCCAUUGUGAUGAGACAAUGAGACUUGGUCUGUUUACAAAAUUAAUCUUUGAGAUUAUGUAAAUGUAAGUGUGUUUACUAAAAGAAAGGAUUGACUGAAGUUCAGUUCACUUAUUUACUCUGUGUAACAAAAAAAGUCUUGAAACCGAGUUGAAGUUACUUAAAUUUACAUUAAAUAAAAUUUACUUUUUUAUUUAAAAAAACAAAUGCAGAAAGUUGCGAAACUUUUUUUUUAAAUUAAAUUAAAAUUAAAUCUUUUUUAUCAGUGAAGGUUUGUACUAAAGGUAGUUUGCACUAAAACGUUAUUGAGAACACCACACACACACAUUCACCAUUUUAUUGCCAACAGUCAUACAGAAUAAUGAUAACCCAUACAACCAAAGAUUAACUCUGUAAACAUUGGUUUGGACUUCCUCGCAUGUUUGAUUUCUUUAACCCAUUCCGUUCCGACCGGGUUUGAAUGUGCUGCUAUGCGUUACAGUGGCUGUGAGACAAAAAUAAACAAAAUCAGGAAACUGAAUGGGAGUUUUACAUGAAUCUCAGGCAGCAAUAUGUCACCAAACCCAGCUCCACAGAGGGUCCGAGCCUCGUCCGUGGAGAGAUUCUGGCUAUUGCACUUUAAAGAGAGAGAUUAAAGACCAUUGGUACAAAUAAAAGGCACAUUUUCAUGAACAGAAAGCUGGAAAAACUAUUUUCAUACCUUGGGCUUCUGGGAAAGGCCUAUAUUUUAAAGUGAUGUCUUUAUUUUUGCGUUAUUUGAUUGUUACUUCUAGUGUUAAGAAUCUGUAAGAGCGUUAUUUUAUCCCUCACUAGUAUAUAUAUAUAUAUAUAUA